CAACAAUUUCACUCUGAUCUUAUGUGAGUUUAGUCGGGUGUGUAUGUGUCUGUGUGCGCUUACAUAUCAGUGCUCGUAUGUAGAGAUACGUUUGAACGACUAUUACCGCAGUGGAGGAGUACUCGAAAUAGUCUUAUUGGCGCAAUUACAGUUCAGUUCAAUUCUGUUAGAGCGACCGAGUAGUGGUUAAACGAAACAAAUAAAAAUUGCUUCAGGUGCGACACCAAAGUAAGCGAGUGGCUGGCUGGUUUUCUCGAUGAAAUUGAAAGCUAAACAAUAUAAAAAACAAAAAUAUCAAAUAGAAACAAAUUAACAAAUAUAAUAGAAAAUACUAAUCAGUAAAGCCUGAAACUCACGGGAUUCAAAUGAAAAACAAAACAACAAAAAUAACUGCAACUGACGGAACGGCACGAUAAUCACGGCGGAUGUGUUCCUUCAUGAUUUUAGCAAACUACAUAAGUUGAAGCCAACGUUAUAAGAAGAGCAUGACAAUGGAUAGGCAAACUGAGACUACGUUGUCGAUUAUUUGCCUAGUUUUAGGAUUUAUUAGCAAUGCGCCUAGCCUGGCCUUGCCCGACAAUGAUCGUAGCCUAUAUCCCGAUGAUUACUAUGACGAAUUGGAAACCAGCAGUGGGGCGCCAGAGCCUUUAAUAGACCCCCUGGGUACGGUGUUUGAGCCGCCAUAUUUUAUAAAAUCGGAAAUUGAAAUUUCGGCCUUACCAAAUAAAGAUGUUUUGUUACAUUGUGAUGUGCAAAAUUUUCACGCCAAUAAUGUCAUCAUGUGGUAUAAGGAUACCAUUGCCAUUGCCAGUGGUCAAUACUCAAUGAAUGACCGCUACGAGAGUCAGAAAAACAAUUCCUUGCUCUUGCGCCAAGCCCAACCCUCGGAUAGUGGCGACUAUUUCUGCACAAUUUUACCUCAAAAUAUAACACAAACUAUUAUUUUGAAUGUGGAAAAGACUUUAACAAUUUAUUGCGAUGGUCGUGAUGUAUUGGGGCGUCAAAUUACCUACAGACAAGGUGAAUCUCAUAGUUGUGAAUGCAAAACUCCCGGAAUGAAGUCUGGCAAAAUAAAAUGGUUUUGGAAUAAUUUACGUGCUGCUGAUGCCGACCUGCAAGUGGUUAAUAACAUCAUAAUGCUAGACAAUAUUGAUGCACAUCAUGCUGGUUUAUAUCAGUGUUUAGAUGAGGAUGGUUCCAAAAAUCCCCGCAAUGGCAAGUUUGAGCUAAUGGUCUAUUAUGCACCAAAAGUGACAACCCAUCGACAUCAUGUCAAUACGGAUAUUGGUGAAAAAGCUGAACUAUACUGUGAUUAUCGUGGUGAGCCAAUUGCCACCACACGUUGGAUGAAAAAUAAUAACAUAGUGGGUUAUUCGGAGAAACAUAUGUUAGGCCUUUCGGCAGAUAAAUUAUUCAAUCGCAGCACGUUGACAAUAUAUGAUGUAACUUUUGAUGAUUUGGGCGAAUACACGUGCUUGGCAGAGAAUACCAUAGGUUCCAGUGAGCUAAAAGUUCAAUUAAUUCUCGAACCCGAAAAGGGUCAAUUUGAAGAUAUUAAAAUUGACGGCAAUGUGGUAACAAUUUAUUGGCUGGUGCGAAGUCUUCAGCCUCUGUCGGAGGCAAUAAUCGAUUAUAAAAUGAACAGGUCUGUGACUUGGAGCACUGCAGCGAUGCUGCAUACACAUCGUCAUGAGGGCGGUAUAUGGAAAGUUACCCAUGAAAUGGUAUUAACGCCAGGAGAAUGGCAGACCCGCAUGAAGACCAAAAACACAAGGGGUUGGUCAAAAUUCUCAACGCCCUAUAUUAUUAAAAUAGAGGAUAAAGAAGGAGACAGUAUUGAUGAUUUUAUUCAUUCCAACGACAUCAUGGACACCAAUGAGAAAUUAGUCGUAGCUGGUUUUGGUGCAGGAGAGAAGAAAGCUAACUCAACAGAUGGCGCUGCUAACUUGACGAGAGCUAACCUCCUAUUACAAAGCCUAAUAUUAUUGCUUGCAGCGUUUACCAGUAGCAGACUCAUUACAAAUUGAUGGCCAUACAUCGAACAACAAACUAACUUUAUAAAUGUACAUGUUAUUAUUACUAUAAUUUAAAAAGCCAAAUAAAAUAUUCUAGUGCAAAUUAAAUUAAAAAGAAACAGAACAACCACAAAUAUACAACAUAAGACGCUUAUAAUAUAAUAAUAAUAGACAA